GUAGCGACUCCGUAGUAAAUCAUAUAUAGAAUAUAUUCGUUAAUCCGAUAGUAUGGUCUUGUUUUAUUUAAAUGAUUUAUUUUCUAUUCAAAUACAAGUGAAAUUUAAUGCUUGAAUUAUUAGAAAAAUCAAAUAUUUACAAAAUUAAAUAAAUUAACGUUCUUACUGUGACUUCAUAGUAUAUAAAUAAUCAAAAUUUCACUUUGUCAUUUAAACUAUAUAUAAUGUCGACUCACAUAAAUGAAAGUUUAGAAGAAUUACCAGCGGAAAUAAAGCUAUCUGAAGGGUUUCAAAAAUAUUACCCAUUGGCAGUUAUAUGUCUCGGAAGUUUGGGAAAUUGUAUAUCAGUACUAGUAUUUUUUGGAACUAAAUUACGGAAACAAUCAUCGUCAUACUAUUUAUCUUCGUUAGCAAUCAGUGACACAUUAUUUUUAUUAACCCAAUUAAUGCCAGAACUAGCCAAAGUUGGAAUUGGAAUAUUUCACAUGGAUGGUUUUUGUCAAUUUAUCAUAUACUUCACACAGUUAUGUAGUUUUAUUAGCGUGUGGCUGGUGGUGGUGUUCACGUCAGAACGUUUUAUAGCUGUUCGGUAUCCGUUACAUAGACCAGUGGUAUGUACAGUAUACAGAGCUAAAAUUGUUCUAUGUAUAUUAAUCACGAUUGCAUUAGUCGUGCAUAUGCCCUAUUUAGUUAUAGCUGAACCUCAAAACGUUGUAGUUAAUAACUCAACAGCACGAGUAUGUGACUUGAACGUUAACUGGUUCAAUUUAUUCGUAUGGCUAAACUAUGCAGAUGUUCUAAUAAAUAUGGUGAUACCAUUUUUCCUGAUCGUGAUAUUCAAUUGCAUGAUUUGUCAAUCAGUGUGUCGGUUAGCCAGAACUAGACGAACAAUGACACUUCAUCCAUCAAGACGAAGGCAACCUACUCCUCGUAAUUCACAACACACAUCUCAAAUGAAAAUUACAGAAAUGCUUUUAGUGGUAUCUACAGUGUUUCUUUGUCUUAAUCUACCAGCCUACGUAUUCCGAGUAUGGAUUGUAUGGGACCAGAAAACCCCAUCACAAUUCAAAACAAUACAGUUUAUUGCAAAUCAGAUGUACAACACAAACUUUGGAAUAAACUUUGUAUUGUACUGUAUAAGUGGUCAAAAUUUUAGAAGAGCUUUAAUUGAGUUUUGGAGUAAAAGAAGACAUCCGAAUAAAAGAUUUAGAGACACCCAGAUUACAACAGUAUUAUCAGAAUUUUCAAAAAGUGGUGUGGGAUCAAAACAAACUACUGUGAACGGGACUUGGAAAGAAGUUCAUGAACUCAUACCAAUCGGACAAAAUUAAAAGCACCUAAUAAUAAUAUACUUAAAAUCAUGUAAACUGUAAAUAGUAAAAUAUUUGUAAGAUUGUGAUCAUAAUUUAACUAAUGCAUUUUUAAAAAAAUAUAGUAAUUCAAUCUUUUUUUAACAAAUGAUACAUCUAUGUAAGAUUAUAACAACUGUAAAAUAUACAUUG